AUGUCGGCUUUUGACGCGCCGCGCAAGGACGAGCGGUUCGCCACGAUCGCCGACGCGGUCGCUGCUGUCGAGCACUUUGCCGCGCACACGCAGCAGCGCCACGUGCGUGUCCAGCAGCGCCAGCCGACGCGCGACGCGCCCGUGUCGGGUGUCUCGUCAUGGCCGACCAAGUUGGGGCCUGCGCCUGCCGCCACGUCCACAGCUGCACUGGCCGCGUUGUCCACGGCCUCGAAUACUGUCGUCCUCGAGUGUGCGAACGCGCCCACGUGCAAGUGGUUUGUGCGGCUGUUGUUCGUGAAAGGUGAGCAGAAGUGGAAGAUCUCGAGCAUGAACGUGGACCACCACAAGACGCUCUGUCUCGAACCGAAGCAGGCAGUCGUGGCGGCCAAGAACGACGUGGCUGGGCGCUUGGAUGCGCCCGUCAGGUUGGACCAGGGGCUCGAGAACGUGCAGGCGCUUGCCGGUGAUGAGCAAGGCACUGCAACAGCACUGUCGGGGGCUACGAGUGCGACAAGUGCAGACGAAGAGGCUACCGCAGCUGUCAUGGGGGCGUCCGUCUACGUGGGCAUGGUGUUGGUGGGCUGGAAAGAGGCGAUCGGAGCUGUUCGUGCACUUGCAGGUCAGAUGGGACGUCGAGCGAUUGCAGAAAAGACCGCGGCAAUGUCGUGGCGGGGAACGAGUGUGAUGGCACGUCGCGUCGUGUGUCAGAACCAUCGUAAUUCGAAUUGUGGGUGGAAAGUGGUGCUCGACGAGUCGUCGGAUGGAUCCGAACGCUACACAGUGUUAUCCAUGAGCUUACUGCACUCGAAGGAGUGCGUGGAGACGUGUAAUUUCAAUGCACGCACGAAGGGUGUGCCUGCUGCAACGGGAACAAGUGCUAAAGCUGCCCUUUCCGCGGACUUGAUGGCGUUUUCAACUGGCGGCACGCCAUUGAGCUCGUCGUUGUUGGUUGACGAUAUGUCGAGGUAUCAGUUGACGCAUGAAAUGCGAUGGAGCACAGGCAAGGAAGCCACGAAAGCAAUCAGUGAUUUUUCACUAGUGGUGCAGCGCAAACGCUCGAAGCUGUGCAAGCGCAACAAUGGCGGCAGCAACAAGAAGUAUGUAUGUUCUGACGAACAGUGCCUUUGGUUCGUGCAGCUGGUGAAAGGGUGGAAGUCUAAGAACUGGAAGAUAUCUGCUAUGAACUUGAAACACUCGGAUAAGUGCGCGGGGGCACCGAAGCCCACUGCUCGGCAGCUGGCCGAAAUGCGUUUCUUUCGCCAAGCUGUGAUCACACAUUCAAAGUCAUCAGGCAAACUGCUAACCGACAAUUUCUUGAUGCACUCCGAGUCGGGCAUCCAUAUUCCGCGUGGCAUGGCUUACCGCGCCCAACGACUGGUAGUCGCAACAUCCACGGAUGAUCUCACCGAAAGCUAUAAGUACAUUCCGAGUCUGAUCGAGUCGUUUGUCAAGAAGAACCCCGGCUCGAUUGCUAAUUACGAGAAGAGCCCACACGGUCACUUCAUUCGAGCAUUCUUCUUGCCGAACACGUCUAGAAUGGUCUUGGCAUCCCAGCAGCAAAUUUUCGGCAUUCACGUACUGCGUUACGACACCGUGAGUUAUCAGGGCUGUAUGGCCUUGCUAGUGACGCGCGAUGGCAACUUCACGUACCAAGUUAUGGCGUUCGCAUUGUUGCCGACAAGCGAUAUGGAUAACAUGAAGUGGUUUCUCGCGAUGGCCAAGCGUGGGGAUGUCCACUUCGACGGACGACCCGUCUUUUGUUCGCAUACCGAACACGGUCUCCUUCGAGCUUUGUCGCACGACGCACGCCAUGCAAAAGUCAUGUUUUGCGUCCGGAGCCUGCUGGAGGAGAUGGCACGUGACAAGAACAUUCCUGUGCUCGGGCCAUUAGAAGAGAAGGUGUGGGAACUGCAGCGACAAGAAAGCGAGGAGGCUUUUCAGAAUGUCAUCAGGGAUCUCGAGACGCUAAAUGCUGCUGCUGCGGCGUUUCUGCGAGCCGUACACCCAAAAAACUGGGCGUACUAUAUGAAUCAAUCCAUUAAGCAUUACCGCUGGGCGAGCACGAGCGCUGAUGAGGCGAUUGUUGGCUCUGACAUUCGGCGCAGCGACGAAGCUCCUUUUGACCUCAUGUACACAUUCUUGGCUUUCCUCAUGGACGGUACCUACAAGAAAAGCCAGCUAGCCUCAAAGCUGCUCGCCAACGACGUUCAAUCGCCUUCGUUGCUCACACCGGGUGCCGACACAUUGUAUCGCCAGGGAAUGCAAGCAGCUGCAGCAUACACUGUGCGCAGAUGUGACGAGCAAGUUGCAUUUGCUUGGUUGACGGGUGCACGUCCAAAGAUCACGUACAGGAUAGAUAUAGCGCUGCGGACAUGCACGUGUGGGCAGGUGUUCCAGCUAGGGUUGCCAUGCUGCCACCUGAUCGCAGCGUCGCUGCACUUAGGUAAUGAGAUGGUGCUGCUAAAUAGCUUCGACCCAGUCUACAAAGCGGCGACGUACGCGGAGGUACACCGCAAUCUUCGGAUCGAGAUCCCGAUUGCCGGGGACCUACACAAAGAUCACUCAUUGCUUCCAGCCAUAUCUGCACGAAGUGCAAAGUCCAGGAAGCGGUCUCACAGUGCUGGAAGCAUCACGAGUCCCGCUUCUUCAGCUUUCGUUCCUUCGUCCAUGGCUGUGCUGAGUGCCGUGUCGUCUGCUGUGCCAGUCAAUUGUGAGGAUGCAUUGGCUUCUCAAGUGAAAACGCCACGACUGGAUCUGGACACGGAUGUCAUGACGAGUCUCAGCGAAAUCGUGUGA